CGAUGUUCUCUUUAUAACAAAUAUUGACGGGGGCCAAAAUUCGAAAGUGUACCCUGCUACCUAACUUAUACCCAGAGUAACUUCCCUUCAAUAUUCCAAAAUGGCGACUAACAUAACUGGACGAACGGGGCAUUUCGAAGUUUAUAUACGCCAGCAGUGGUGUAAGGUGACAGUAACGUUGAACGAUGAAUCUUUAACCUUAUCCCUCGAUGAACCACCAGAAAAUAUGUCCACAUCUUCUACAAACAACGAUAUAUCCGCUCAGACUACGAACAUUUCAACAAAUCAUCAAGAAGUCGCUCAUGUUCCCGACAAUAUACCUGGUCAAAAACGCACUGUCAAGGUUAUAAAAGAAGAAACUUAUGGGUUAGGUAUAAGUAUUAAAGGUGGAAGAGAGAAUAAAAUGCCCAUUUUGAUCAGUAAGAUAUUUAAAGGCAUGGCAGCUGAUAAAACUGGACAGUUGUAUGUUGGCGAUGCAAUCCUCGCUGUGAAUGGGGAAGAUCUCUGUAAUGCAACACAUGAUGAGGCUGUCAGGGCAUUGAAGAAUGCAGGAAAAGUGGUUGAAGUUGAAGUUCGAUACCUGCGAGAAGUUACACCAUACUUUCGAAAGAACUCUGCUUUGAAUGAAAUAGGCUGGGGAAGCCAUGAAACCCCACAAGAUGGUGUGAAAAGCAGCUGGUCUGAGAGCAAAACAAUACCAUUAAAACUUUGUUAUCUGUGUCGAAAUCUAAGUAUGUGUGACCCAGAAAAGAGGACACUGGAACUUCACUCCCCUGAUGGGAAAAGCUCGUGUACUUUACGUUUUCCUGAUGUUUCAACAGCUAAUGAAUGGUUCAAUGCCCUUCAUGCUAAUGUAACUAUGUUAACCUCUCAGUCUGUACAAGAUGCUAAUACUAUUAUGAUUUCUGCACCAAAUCAGCGCGAGAUUACACAUAUGGGGUGGCUCUCAGAACAGUUAUUGAAUGAUCAGGGAACACCUAAUUGGAAGCCAGUAUUUAUAGCGUUAACAGACAAAGACAUGUUGAUGUAUGACACAGUGCCAUGGAGUAAGGAGGAGUGGGCAACUCCAUUCCAAAGUCAUCCAUUACUUGCAACAAGGUUGGUACAUUCUGGUCACCAAACAACCUCAGCAGCAGGUGCUGAUGUUCUCUCAUUUGGGACACGCUCGGGAACCAGAAAUGGAGUUGAGAUGCACAUAUUUCGUGUUGAAACACAAAGGGAUCUUGCUCACUGGUCUCGUGCUCUUGUACAAGGAUCACACGGAGCAGCUGCUCUUGUCAAGGAAGUGACUUGUCCUGCGAGUUGGCAAAACCACAAAGGUAAACUGACGUUACACUUUGAGAAUGGAUUUGCUCUACAUGCCUUAAAACCUGCUACAGAGGGAGACAAACCAAAGCUGCUGUGGUAUUUUCCGUUUGAGAAGUUACGUAUGUCUGCUGAUGAUGGACAUAGACUGCUGUGGUUAGAUUUUGGGGAGGAGGGAGAACAGGAGUUAGAUUUAGAGUCUUGUCCAAAACCUCUCGUUUUUGUGCUUCAUACAUUUCUUUCUGCAAAAGUGAGUCGUCUUGGACUGGUUGCUUGAACAUUGCCCCUUGGAGCCCUGAGAUUUGAGACCAGCGGAGCCUUGGAGUCCGCCCAAAGAAUCUUGUUCCAGUAGCCUUGUUUCCAUACGUUCAUGUUAAAGAUAUACUUCAUAUUUCUCUGUAAAAGUAUGUCUAUAGGUGCUGCUGUAUAGAUAUUUAAUGAUGAAUUGAUACAACAGAUACUAAACUGCCAUAUAUGUUGGAAGUGUUAAAAAGACUGUUAAACUCGUCUGUUUACAGAGACAUUUGAUGAGAAGUAGAAAUGGGUGUUCUUUCAGUUUAGAAUGGGAUUUAUUUCUGUAGUCUGUUUUACCACUGCAGUGUUAUCAGUUUUGAAAGCAUUUCAAACAAACCAUAUUGUAACUUUAUGAAACACUUCAGAACGACACAUAAUAUAAAAGAAAAUGUUUGAAUUAGGUACGUAUAGAGCAUAUUAUGUUGGUUAUGUAUUCAAUUAAUUUUACAGUAAGUACUCCAUAUAUGUUGCUCAGAUGUUGGUUUUUUUAUAGCAUAAUUUUGAACCUUGUCACGACAGAGGGGACCUUGUUAUUAAUGUCUGCAUAGAAUGACAUUAUUGGAAAAUUUUGUUUUUAGUCUGAUUGUUAAAAUCUGCAUAGUGAUAAGUAAAUAAUUUGGAAAAUGAUUGACAAGCUAUAGUGUCCCAUUUUGUCAGGAUGAAGUUUAUGCCACCGCUAUCACAUCUGUUUAUUGUUGUUGUUUUUUUCUAGUCAUGAUAUUAAUCAAAUACACAGUCAGUAUGGAACAAUAUUCCAAAGAUAUUGACCAAAUUUCCCUAGCUUGGAAAGACAUAGGGAAAAAUACUGUAAUUGAUUGGGUAUAUAUUUGAGGAUUUUUUUUUUUUUUCAUAUUGAUCCUUUUAUUAUUGCUAGUGUACAUUUUAUACAGUUAAUUACUCAAAUUGACCACAUGUUCAUUCAGUGUUUCCAAGUAGAAGCAUAAUAAGUAUCAGAUGAUGAUCAUAUGUAGUGCUUGUACUUAUGUAUUUAUCUAGUAGAUAAUGGAAGAUAUGUCUUUUUGUGACCCCAUUUGAGGCCCCGUGGAACCCAUUACAUUACAACGUGAUGCUGAUUGCAACAUCAGAUGCAGAAGGAGCUGAAGUUUGUGCAGUGUGAUCUUCAUUUAUGUCAAAUACUUUUUUGAGAAAAUGAUGGAGCCCAAAUAUGAAAAUUUGUCCAGCUACUGGUUCCUAGCCAGUAUUUGGAAAAAAAUUAUGUGUUGUUAUAGAGAGGUAUCUGUUAGGAGAGGUUAUACUAUCUGUAAUGAGGUAUUCACCUUCACUGGUGUUGCUAGCAUGGGUUAUAUGGUACAUUAUUAUGGGCAUCUGAUAAUGGCCAGAUUUUGCUGUUGACAGCUACAGUGUAUCAAGAGAUCAUAUGAACAGAGAAAAACACACAGAAAAAAUAGAUACUUGAAACUGAAAGAGUGGAAAGGCUAUUAAAUGAGCGACUUGGUGGAAUGACUUUUCCAAAAAAAAUACACGCAUUACAGUGUUGUUUUUCUUUACCUCACUUAUAGACUUUAUGUAUUAGGUUUUAGUCUUUAUUAGUCUUAAUUAUAUAAAUUGCUCCAAGGUAAUAAACUUAGUUUGGAGACAAUUCUUGGAAUACAGCUUUGCCAUUGGUCAAUUUAAAAAUUUUAUUUAGAAGCAACCAGUCAAUUUAAAAAAUUUAUUUAGAAGCAACCAAUCAGAUAUUAAAGUUUUAGACUGGUCCCCAAAUUCAGGUUUGUAACCUUUGACCCAAAUUUUUAGCUCACCUGAGCCAAAGGCUCAUGUUGAGCUUUUGUGACCGCUCUAUGUCCAUCGUGUAUCGUGUGUCCAUCAACAUUUUCUAAAAAAAUCUUCUUUUUGAAAACCACUGGACAGAAUUACACCAAACUUCAUAGGAAUGACCCUUGGGUGGUCCCCUUUCAGAAUUUUUCAAAGAAUUGAAUUCCAUGCAGAACUCUGGUUGCCAUUGCAACCGAAAGGAAAAACUUUAAAAAUCUUCUUGUCCAAAACUGCAAGGCCUAGAGUCUGGAUAUUUGGUAUGUGACAUCAUUAAUGGUCCUCUAAAAAGAUUGUUCAAAUUUUGCCCCUGGGGUGAAAAGAGGUCCCCCACUGGGGGUCCCAAGUUUUGCAUAGACUUUUAUAGGAAAAUGCUUUAAAAUCUUCUUGUCUAAAACCACAAGACCUAGGCCUUUGAUAUUUGGUAUGUAGCAUUGCCUUGUGGUCCUCUACCAAAAUUGUUCAAGUUAUUACCCUGGGGUGAAAAGAGGCCCUGCCCUGGUGGUUCUCAAGUUUUACAUAGACUUAUAUAGGAAAAAAACUUCUAAAAUCUUCUUGCCUGAAACUGCAAGGCCUAGGCUUUUGAUAUUUGGUGUGUUGCCUUGCCUAGUGUUCCUCUGCCAAAAUUUUUCAAAUUAUGCCCCUGGGAUGAAAAGAGGCCCUGCCCUGGAGGUCCCAAGUUUAACACAGACUUAUAUAGAAAAAAAAAACUUCUUGUCCAAGGCCUUUGAUAUUUGGUGUGUAGCAUUGCCUAGUGGAUCUCUUAUAAGAUUGUUCAAAUUAUACCCCUUAAUAUACAGCCUUGAAAUUUGGAUGACAUGUACAGUUUUGCACACCAAUCUUAAAACUGACUUUCAGUGACCAUGAAUGUGACCUACUGACCUACUUUCUUUAUGUUUUAGCAUCAGUUUGACAUUUGAAACUGGUGGAUCAUAUUACUCAGGUGAGCGAUUCAGGGUCAUCAUGACCGUCUUGUAUAAAAUAAGUGUAAUUAUAAAACCAACUGACCUCAUUACAGUUGUUUGUGACAUUAAAUUCUAUAUAGAAUGGAAGUAUGAAUGGAUUUUGUACAUGUUCACUUGUAGCUGAGAUGUUGGUAAGAAGGAGAGUUAUAUCCCCUGAUAGUUGAUGUCCAUUUUAGAGGUGUGCACUCUUUUUUUUUCUUUACAGGUUAAGCUGAGGGUUGACAUUGUUUGCUCUAGUUCUGAGUGUAUUGCUUGAAAAAAAAGUAAUCUGGUGAUUAUGUAUUUGUAUUAUGUACAUAAGUCUUAAGGAAAUUUCUUUCAGAAAUUUGUAUUAGAUUAUGUUUAUAACAAGAAUGAAAAAAUACACAAUUUAGUUAUGUUGCAGUAAGUCAGAAAGAGAUAAUUCAGCAGAGAUAAUUUUUGUUGUUCAUUUAGUCAACAAACAAAACCGUUCAUUAGCAACAUAGGGCCAUCAUGACCAAUGAUAAAUUCAUGUUAUUUUUACUCUGUUUCCCAGUAAUGUCAAAAUGUUCAAAUCUAUAUGGAUGAGUUUGAGUGAUUGACCUUUAACUGCAUAAUUUUUGUUCUUUCACAGAUUUGUGCUAUAUAAUAUCACACUUUCAAAAUAUUUUACAUAGGAUAGUUUUAUAUGUUCAUGUACAAAUAAAUAUUGUGAAUAGAAAAUAUGUAUUAUAGAGAUAUGUAUACAUACAUAAUCAUGUUGAAAUAGCAACUGUUUAGGUAGUUUUAGAAUGCCCUUGUCUCAGUGAUAAGGGCAUAUAGUGUUAUCCCUGUCCGUCGGUGUGUGUGUUUGGGAAAAUCCUAACUGGCUUUGUUGUACUUGAUGAUAUUACGGAAUAAUUUUGCACGAUUGACCACUACAAGAUGAUUUAUUGCAUGCCAGAAUCAUGUAGACAACUCAAGGUUCAAGGUCACAGUGCAUGUCAAAUUUGCAUUCUUCACAAGAUGCACACUUCUUUGCCUUCACAUCACACUGCCGGGGCAUUCAUGCCUAAUGGACACUUCUGUAGUUUUGCUGUUAACUUGAACCCAUAUCCCUGGACCAUGAUGUAUAUAUAUCACAUUAUAUUUAUUUAUGUUGUUAUCUUUUGUUGUUGUGAUUAUUGUUAACCAAAUUUUACGUCAUAUUUUUGUUUGCAAAGUUCUGUUAAUAAUUUUGUACAAUUUUUUAUAGCUUUUUAGCCAUAUUUGUUCAUGAUACCGUAUUUGGGAUAUUUUGGCACAGUCUGACUUUGGAUGAAUAUUUUACAUUUUGUAUGGUUCUUAGUAAUAUUGGCAAUUUAAUGUAUAUUUUACAGUCAAAUACUACUGUGAAAUAGUGUAAUUUCAUCAGCAAAAUUUCAUGCUUUUGGUCAAAAUGGCAUAUUCAUUGUGGGGACACAAAUUCGUGGAUGUCAGAUUUUGAAUAUAAAGUGACGGGGAAUUUUACUUGUUCCUUGGGAUUAAAUAUCAUGAAUUGACUGAACAAUGAAAAUUUGUCCUCCUGGAAUAAUAAUGAUCUCACAAUACAUCUUGUCUAAUUUUGGUACAUUCAAUUUUGACCCGUCAGUAGUGAAAGCAAGUUAGGUCAAUUAUACAAAGUUGGUAGAUAUUACAAGCAAGUCGGUGAAAUUGUAUUUCCACAAGAUAAUUUAAUGCAUAAAUGUAUAUGGAAUAUAUAUUCAGACUUAUGUGAGCAGUGAUUAUGGAAUGGACCACCUGAUUUAAAUAUUCAAGCUGAAGAUUUUUAUCAUUUAAAGAAAAUCUUGUUUUUGGAUUUUUUGCAAAGGAAAGCUGUUUGCUCUAUACAUCAAAGCAGCAUGUGUCAAAAUUUCAGUCUUUUGUCUUAAAUGGUCAUAGAUCAUUAAGUUGGUCCUUUUAUCAUGAAGGCAUUUAUAUAUGAUUGAAGUUUAUAGUUAGACAUACUCAAUUUCUAAUCAAGAUAAAUAUACUCAGUUUCAUCUUUAUAUUGUAACAUUAUGAGAAAUAAAUGUGGCCAGUAAUACAUUAUGUAUAUAUACGUUUCAUUCAUUAUUUCUGAUGCAAACUGGAUUUCUGUAUCAGGUUGAAAUUACAAAGUUUCACAAACUGCAGAAUUGUUGCAUGAUCCACCUAUUCCUUAAUGUGGGGAUUCAUUGUUUUCUGUUUAAAUGUAAGGUAAUGCCAUUCAUAUAAUACAUCAGUAUAAUGGUGGAAAUAGAUUUUUUUAAAUUUUUCAAAAUAUCUCUUUUACUGAUGAAUUUAUUGCAUUUAUAGACUGGGUAUUUCAACCAGUUUCGGCAUUUUUUUUAAGAUCUCAAGUUGGGCUUUGUUUGUAAAUGACUUGUUUUAAAACUUUAGGGAUUUUUGAGUUAGUCAGCAAACAACAGUUCCAAGAAGUAGCUUUCAGUAUUAUUGAUAGGUCUUAAUUUUACACAGGGGAGCAGUGGUCUGGUGCUUUGAGUGCCGGCUUCUCAUCCUAGGUCAUGGAAUCAGCUCUGCUAGGGUCAUGACCACCUCUUCUCAUAUGGUUCCAGUACUGGCUUUUCCAGGAAGUGGACUCCAGAGUGAUUCAAAUUAGCAUCAAACAGUAACAAUAGAACUUAAGGAAAUUACUAUAAACAGGGAAAAGUACAUUUUCUAACCAAAACAGAAAAAAGACAUUAUAAAGGAUAUCCUAUAGUCCAGAAGUUCUUACUGCCACAUUUAGAGACCUUAAGAAUGAUGUGUAAGUUAUGUCUUGAUUUUGCAAAAUAAAGCCAAAAUUCAUGAAAACCUCUUAAUGGAGCUAGUGGAUCAAACAGUUAUUCUGUACUAGCUUAAAUUUCUUAACAGGUAAUUUACAUUUUUGGAAAUUACUGAUAUGUUGGUGAUACCCGGUAGUAUAGGUUGCUCCAAUAUUUGUGAUAAUGUUAUAUAGAAAUGUGAAAUAAAUAGCUGAAGUGGG